UUUAUGAGAGAUGAAGCGCAGGCGCAAAUUCCAGGACUACCUGGAGAUGGAGCUGGGCAAGGAUGCGUCCACGGCCGCCGGCGAGGCCGCAUUCCAGCGGCGCCUCGCGAAGCAGCUCAAGCUCAAGCGUGGGAAGCUGGACGAUGUCGGCGAUGGACUGGCGGGAUUGCUGGCAGGAAUCGGCAGCGAGGGCUUGUCCUCUGAUGAACAAGGCUCUGAUCCAGGUGAUUUGCAAGGGGAGAAUGAUCACUCCAGUGACAAGGAUGAGGAUUCCGAUGGCGAUGGCGGUGACGGUGAUCGUUCUAGUGGUGAAAGCGAGUCCGGUGAGCAAUCUAGUUCUGGCGAUGAAUUGGAGGCUGAGCCGGAGCAAGCCUCCAGUGCUAAGUACGUUCCUCCUCACCAGCGAAAGAAGGAUCCUUCCGAGGAUGAAGUUCGCGUCAAACGAAGAAUCAAAGGUCUCUUAAAUCGACUCUCGGAAGAUAAUGUGGAGACUCUAACAUCGGAGAUUGCCGAGUUCUUCCAGUUCCAUAGCAGGAGCUUCAUGACCGAGACGAUCACUGACCAUGUUUUGGAGUCUUGCUCCAGUGGUCCCCGCGGUAACGAGCAGUACGCAGCAGUCUUUGCAGCGAGCAUCUCUGGCACCGCUUGUCUCGUCGGGAUGGAUUUCGGUGCUAAUUUUAUGGCGGGCGUUGCUUCGUGCUUUGAGAGACAAUAUGAAAAGAAGGAUGGUCUAGCUGUUCGCAACCUUACGCUACUUAUUUCUUCGCUCUACAGCCUGGGGUUGAUUACAAGCGAGCUGGUGUACGAUCUCUUGCACCAUCUCUGCAAACGAUUCCAGGAAAUAGAUGUCGCCACUAUUUUGCACAUUAUUCGAAGUUGUGGAAUGGCGCUUAGGACCAGCGAUCCAGUAGCGAUGAAAGAGUUUAUUCUUGCUGUUCAAGAAUGCACGUUGGAUUUAAAGCGUUCCACGACCAAUGGAGAAAUGCCCAAACGAGUGGAAUUUAUGCUCGAGGCGAUUUGCGAAGUUAAAAACAAUAAGCGUAGAGUAGAUGAACCAGCUCGGCAUCCAAGGAUGAAGAAGUGGCUUCAAAAGCUGAAAGUCGAGGACGUGCAACUGCGUUCAUUACCCUGGAAGAAGCUAGUCGAUCCUCAAAAGAAAGGUCAGUGGUGGCUCGGGACAGUCUCGAAUGAAGCAGACGAGGCCGAGGUUCCAAAAGUGGUGGAUCUGAUUGACUCUGGGGUAGUCGAAGCUGAAAAGAUGCUUAAGCUAGCAGCUGCUCAAAGAAUGAACACAGACGCAAGACGAGCUAUCUUCUCGAUUGUCAUGAGCAGCGAAGACUACAUUGACGCAUUCGAGAAACUACUGAGGCUCACCUUGAUGGGGAAACAGGACCGAGAAAUCAUGAGAGUCAUCCUCGAAUGCUGCCUCCAAGAGAAAGUUUUCAACAAGUAUUACGCACUGCUGGCUUCCAAAUUAUGUCACCAUGACAAAAACCACAGAUUCACCUUACAGUAUUGCGUCUGGGAUCAGUUCAAAGAGCUGGCCAGCAUGGAAGCAAGGCGCAGCAUCAAUCUGGCCAAGUUCCUCGCUUUCCUGGUCGGAUCCUCCGCCUUAUCCUUGACAGCACUCAAAGCGGUAGACUUUGGCGAUUCCCGGACCAUGACAGCACGGGUGGUGGUCCACUUCCGUGCGUUUUUCGAGGCACUGCUCACGGACAAGGACGACACCUUCGUCUCCACGGCAUUCUCCCGCAUCGCUCGCGCACCCGAGCUCUCGGCGCUCCAGGCCGGCGUUGCCGUGUUCUUGAGGCGCUACGUGAAGCCAACGGGUGGCGCUUUGCUACAGCGAAAGUGUCUCAUCGCCAGGAAAGCUUUGUCGUCCGCCACGACCAUUUGAUGUGGACGACGAGAAGAUCAUCAUCAUCGCUCCAUCGCGACCGAGCGAGGGCGACCUUUUGAAACACCGUUAUCUCUGCGCGAGAUUUCUCGAUCGCUCACGUCUUCUUCCAAAGACUCGAAUCGAUUGAAUCGAUCCGCGAGAGAAUCCCGAAAAGACUUUGACGCGCGAGGCUUUACUGGCGCCAAGGUGUCAAUGGUUGAAUUUAAAAGCGCCGGAUAUUCCACCGGAUAUGCCCACAUUUGGCGGAGGACUCGCUUAAAUUAAA